AUGGAGAAGCAAAUACAAGGUGGCAUUGAAAAGAGUGCCUCUUCACAACAUUGCAAUGAAGGCAUGGAAGAAAGGAAUGGUACAUAUUUCUCUGUGCCAGGAAAUUGUUAUUCUGCAAAACACAAUUUGAAAGCCAGUUCAGAACAAAAUGGCACAGGACUGACCACAGGGAGAUUUGGUAAUCACACCUUUUUUGUGCCGAAGCACACAGACUUCCCAAAUUUAAACCUUGGCAAGGAACAGCAAACACACGAGCACUUUGUGAAGGAAGAUGAUGUAUGGACUAAGGAAUUCCUUUCAGAAGAGAGACUUGAAAAUGUUUUAGCAUCUGAGUUAAAUGAUAGGUUUGAAUGCCAACUAAUGCCAGAGACUACACAGUGUACUCACAGUGAGUCACUACCACCCUUUAAACUCGAAUGUGGAUGUGUCACUGAUAAUACAGGUUCAUCUGGUGGCACUUACUCUGACAUUGCUGACCACUCUUGUAGGAGAGGUUGUCAUCCAUUUUCUUCAUAUCAGCAACGUCCAUUGGAUGGGGAAGGGGUUGAAGAUGGAGUGCUUGGGAAGCAAAUGGAAGCUGAUGAGGAUUCUAUCAAGGUAGCAGGUGGAAGGAGGGGAGCUCGUAAAGGGAGAACACGUGUUAAUCUCAAAGAGGACUCUAGAAGGGAUGGCCGGCAACAUACAUUCUCUGGUAGCAAGCAUAAGCUAGGUCGAAAGAAAAGCCAUGGUGAUGGGAGGUCUAUUCUGAAAUCCAUAAUUCCUCAACCCUUAAUUCUGCUUUCAACUACCUGUGUCCAGUUACUUAUUGAUUUGGUGCUCCUGAUUGGGAAGUAUGUAGAGAUGUUUGGCACGCGACUAUAUACUUCAGUAUUGCUGCCAGCUAGUGACCUAGGCCUUUUGAAAAUCCAGCUGCAAACAUUUGGGGUCUGGGCACGCCAUCGUGUAAAGGACUCUUGGCAUAUGAUUUGCUCAUUUGGAUUAUGGCUUUUGCGUGUUCUGAAAAUGCUAUGUGCUCUACUCUUCCUGCUUUUAAUGCUUGCUGUGGGUUGUGCCAGACUUUGUUGGCAAUACAUUAAGAGAGCUGCUGAACGAGUAGGAGGACAUAACAACUGUGCAUCUUGUAUCUCCGUAAGAUUACGCAGGAUAUGGGCCUUAAUAACACAAAACAGGACCUUUAGCCGUUUAGUUAGCCCUCUCAGGAAAUUGAAAUCAAGAUUAUGGAGGUUAAGGGUGGAAAAAGAAACAUCAUGGGCCACAGCAGGAUCUCCAACCACAGGUCGGUAUCAGCCUGGGGAGGAAGUGGAACGUCUAUUAACAAUGGCGGACAUUCCAGAGGAGGAGUUAAACCCAUUUCAGGUGUUGGGUGUAGAAAUUAAUGCUUCUGAAACCGAGCUUAAAAAGGCAUAUCGGCAGCUGGCUGUUUUGGUAGGUAACAUGUUUUUCCAUGAAAGCAGAUCUGUUUUUAGUUUUUGUAAAAUUCUUCUCGCAACCUGUCUCCUUUUUGUCACAACUUGAGCCAUCAGAUUACUCAGCAGAGGAAGUGCUGGCAGGAAAAUUAAACUUUAGGAAAAAAGUAAAUAAAUUUUACACAAUUUAAAUGAUGAUACACAUCAGGAAAAUGAAACACAGCCAUAAUGUAAGGGGAGAAUUUUAUUAUGAAAAAAGUAAUGACCUUACAAUUCCAUGAGCUUCUCUAUCUUCUUCUGUGUUCUACUGAAACAUGAGUCUUAAAGGUAUCUCCUGCAUGAUUAUCAAAGUCAUAAAUUAGAAUAAAGGGAAAAACUCUGCUUUAAUUAUUGUUGCUAGUUAUCACAUCACCCACAAUGAAAACCAGUAAUCCCAUCUAAAACUUAACCUGGCUUAGUCAUUUUUACUUUAUUUUUUUUGUAUACAUUUUUAUUUUAAGCUUUAAAUAAAUGCUGUGCAUGCGCCUUUCAGGUAGUUACUCAGUCAUGACUUUUUGAGUGUGUGUAUGUAUGUGUAUACACAAUGUGAAUUACCACAUGAUGCCUUUUCCUACUUAGUCCAUAUUAAGCAUUUAUUUAAGGGUUUGAAAAUGCAGACUGCUUAUAUUGGUGGAUUUGUUAUAUUCAUUUUUUUUUUUUUUUUCCUCCUGCCUUUAUCUCCAUAGGUCCACCCAGACAAAAAUAAUCAUCCUCGUGCAGAAGAAGCUUUCAAAAUAUUGCGUGCUGCAUGGGACACAGUAAGCAAUCCUGAGAAACGCAGAGAGUAUGAAAUGUAAGAAUUGAUAUGGUAACACAAAGUUUGAGAAAUAAAGUAAGACUUAAUCUCUUUCAAAGCAAAUACAUCUCAAUAUCGUACAAUUACUCUUUAGACCAGGGGUGCCUAAAAGCUAGACCCCCAGAUGUUUUAAAACUACAGCUCCCAUGAUACCUUGUUAUUCUAAAGUGCAUACAAAGAAUCUUGGGAAUUGAUUCCACCACAUCUGGGGAUAUACCUUUUGGGUACCCUUGCUUUAGACACUACUCACUGUCAAAUGAACAAUCCAAGCACCAUAACCAGUACAACCUCUUGUAGCGAUUAUGGUGCCAGGAAUUCACUGGCAACAUCCCACAGUAAGAUGCCAGACCAUUUUAGCAUGGUUUCACAAUUUACCUGAGUACCACCAAGUGUCCAGUCCUCAUCUCGUCUUCUCAAACAGGACAGAACAAACGGGAUGUUAUUGUAGAGCAGUGCAGGGAUGCAGUCAUUGGCUUAAAGCAUCAGCUGAGUUCUAUCUUUCCUGCUCUGCUCUAAAGAGACAUCUGGCUUCUCCUGAUGGAAAAGACAGGAUGCUAUGCAGGCUCCUGGCAGAACCCAUGUCAGCUGGGCACUCCAGGGAUUAUAACCCUUGCUGUGGGCUAUAACCGUUAUGGUGUUUGGAGUGUCCAUUUAACGAAUUUCCCCAAGCAUAAUUCUUAAGAAGAUAAUCCACUUACAGGCCGUUACAAAGUCGAUCGUAACGACUUUGUUAGGACUCCAUUAUCAUGAUUGAUUGAAGAGCAUUUGUUGAUAUGACCUGAUAAGCAAGCAUUAUGAGGUAUCAUGAUCUGUGUAUGUUUUGUACACAACACACAAAAGAUCCUACAAACAAGAUGAGGAAUGAAAAAUUAUCCAACUACACACACUGCAUGUAGAAAUCACAGCUGUACAUUUGACUUUGCCACUUGAAUAACUUUGCAUACUUCACAUUGAUCAGUGAAGCAUCACCGAUAACAAUCACAGAUUUGUGGAUUAAUGAAGAAGUCCAGGUUUUGAAUGUAAAACCAUUAAUAUUAAAAUCGUAGUUGUUCAGUUUGCUUGGCUGGCUGCCUCAAAAUGAGAAAGGUCCUUCCGACUUUUGCUUUCAUGUAUAAACACAUCCAUCACUGUCUCAACAAGCAUUAUUUGUCUUCACUGUUGCAUCUCCUUCAAUUUUAGGAAGCGAAUGUCAGAAACAGAGCUGGCUAAGUCCAUGAAUGAGUUCCUUACCAAGCUGCAGGAUGACCUAAAGGAAGCUAUGAAUAGCAUGAUGUGCAGCAAGUGUCAGGGGAAACACAGGUACAAUGUAGUCUUUUAUCUGAAAAUGCAAUUCCACUGAUCAGAAUGUGCCUAUUUCAUGAGGAUCUGAAAGUACUUGCCAAGCAGGGUUCUUAUCAACUAUCUGGAAUUCAAAGUGUUAAGAAUAUGGAAUGGUCAGUCCUAUUGAGACUGUAGUAACCUAAUUACAAGUCCUAUUGAGACUGUAGUAACCUGGUCACCAGUCCUUUCUUAUUAAGGCUGUAGUAACUUGGUUUACUCCCCUCUGCCAACCUUGGACACUCCUCGCCACUAAUGUUGUACUCCCCCCUUCUUUUUUACAUUCAGCUCAGCCAGAGUUUUAAUGCAAUGUCCAGUUGUGCUCUCUUGUGGAUGCUGCAUGACUGAAGUAGUGAUUGUUCUUCAUAUUGUUGGCAUGGCCUUGAUCUGGGAGUAAAGUGUUCUUUCCCAGUUAUGUCAUAUUAAUUUUGUCUGAACUAUAUUUGUCUGAUGUAUCUCACACAGACACCUAAUAUAAAGAAUACUAAAAACAAAAAGUAAUAUGAAAUGGGCCUAGAGUCAUAAAUAUUGUUGUUUCAAAAGUGUCUACUUCAUGUAUUGGCUUGGAAAUAAUUUCUUGAAAAAACCCCAAAAUAAAACAUUAAAAAGCUGCAUAAUAGCAUUGAUUUUCUCUUACUUGAGUCAAGGUUAAUGAUCGAUCUAUAACACAUUGCCAUGUAUCAUAAUACUCCAAUUCAACAUCUCCCAAAAUGUUGAAUUCCCCUUCACUUCACCUUAAAACCUUUGCAUUAAAACUUGAAUCCAGGUUUUACCAAUCUUCAUAUGUACAGUCUGCAUUUAACCAGAUUUCCUACAUCAUGGGUCAACAGCCACUGAUGGAUACUGCCCAGUUGCCACAUCCCACCUCCAUGACAUGUGAAUAAUCACUCUACUAUAUUCCUUUUCCUUGGAAAAUUUGACAUUUGUAAACAUGGUAAAACGUUGCUUCUUGUAUGAUUAAACAAUCCUGUUUUAAUUAACAGGAGAUUUGAAAUGGAUCGGGAUCCUACAAAUGCACGUUAUUGUGCAGAGUGUGGGAAGAUGCAUCCUGCUGAAGAGGGCGACUUUUGGGCUGAAUCCAGUAUGCUUGGACUGAAAAUAACCUAUUUUGCCAUGAUGCAAGGAAAGGUGUUUGACAUAACUGGUAAGAAAUAGCCAUUGAAGCUGUGUUUGCACACAUAGCUAUGUUCUAAAGGGUCACUCCAGCCACCAUGACCACUUCUACUUUUAGAGAUGCUCAUGUUGGUAGGAGUCUGGAUAUGCAGUGAUUCAGUUUGAAACACUGCACAUAAACUGUUAUUGGCACUUGUGUGUCGGGGGCAAGUUGCUGCCAAGACCUCUAUUCCAGGCUGUGUAAUGUCAGUUCUGCGCAUAUUUCACAUCUGAUGUCAGUGUGUGCUUGCAACGAACGUUAUCAGUUUCUCCAUUGCAGACAGUGUGUCUCUCCCUCCCUUCUUGUCUAUAGCCCUGACACCUCUCUAUAGAAAUAAAAAUGGUGCAGCACUCUUCAAUGUUUAUAAGUUCCCUUUCUUGUGCACUCACAGCAGCUAUUUUAUCAAGCCAUAAAGUGAAAUCAAACUUGGUGCAGUUAAAUAGCAGUGCAAAUCAGUCAUGUGCUAGUCAUAUGACCUCAGAGAAACAAGUAUAGAAUGUCUGCAAUAUGCAAAUAUAAUGUGACGGUACAUAUAGUUUGUAAAGGUGCACAUGAUUCAGUAUUAACCAGUAUCUACAAUGUGUAAUAAUUAAAAUAAAGAUAAGUUUGUAUAAUAAAACGUAUUAUCCUAAAACAAUUUAGUAAUUCUUAAUGCAGCACAUAUUUUUUAUUACUACAUGAUGUGCAGGGUAAAGCUGGUAUCUUAGAUACUUAACAAAACUGGUAUUUUGACUGAUCUGUGGGGUCAUAUCUAAAGAUCUGUCAGUCACUUGUUUUAUUGUUCUUAUUUUGCUAUAGAAUGGGCAGGAUGUCAGCGGGUGGGUAUUUCUCCUGACACUCACCGUGUUCCAUAUCACAUCUCAUUUGGCUCAAGGAAUCCGACAAGUACAGGACGACAAAGGUAUAGAUUGAUAAUUUCAUGCUGUUUAUUGAAAGGGAUGACUUGAAAUUGAUGUAAAGUCCCUCCAUGCCCCUAAAAACCCUAAUGUAAUUCUCAUAAUGGGUAGGUUUUUACCUUUAUUUUCUUUCUACUAAGUGUAUUCCUUAAGGCAUGAAAGUUUAAUUAAGGGAAUGGUAAAGCCAUCCAGAUUAAACAGUUUUACUUUUUAAGUGGAUACACCAUAUAAAAAGUUUGUGCUUUUAAAUGGGGGCCGUCACUCCUUUAGAACAUUAUAUCCUUGAAUAAACCUUUACCUUGUCUUAAUUUUUUAUUUUUAUAUAUUUAUAUUGUGUUGCUCACUUUUAUUUUAAAUGUAUACUAAAGGGAGACUCUUAAGCACCCUAAUGAAUGAUCAAUCAUGCCCCUGCGGUCUUGAUGCUCAAUUUGCAGCCAUUAAGGAGUCAAAUAAUCUUGUUUCUGCAGCCUUGACCAAGCUUCUCUUUUGAAGUAACACACAGCCUACCUAUUCUGUUUCUUUAAAACAAUUUGAUUUUUAAACUUCCUUUAUUGCACAAUAAUCUAGAAUGUUAUGUCUCCUGCCCUGACAAUUGCCUACUGGUGCCUACUGCAGCCUCCUCUGUGUGAUUUAAAGUGUAAUUCACAGAGCGGGAGAUAAGACAUUCUAAAAGUAAAUACACUGUGUUGUAAAAAUGAAAUUUUUUUUUAUUUAUUUUUUUUUUCUUGAAGGCUGUGUGAGUCGUCAUCAUGUGAGGUGUGACUAUGUCUGCAUAAACAAAAUGAUUUAAAGGGACACUAUAGUCACCUGAACAACUUUCGCUUAAUGAAGCAGUUUUGGUGUAUAGAACAUGCCCCUGCAGCCUCACUGCUCAAUCCUCUGCCAUUUAGGAGUUAAAUCCCUUUGUUUAUGAACCCUAGUCACACCUCCCUGCAUGUGACUUGCACAGCCUUCCAUAAACACUUCCUGUAAAGAGAGCCCUAUUUAGGCUUUCUUUAUUGCAAGUUCUGUUUAAUUAAGAUUUUCUUAUCCCCUGCUAUGUUAAUAGCUUGCUAGACCCUGCAAGAGCCUCCUGUAUGUGAUUAAAGUUCAAUUUAGAGAUUGAGAUACAAUUAUUUAAGGUAAAUUACAUCUGUUUGAAAGUGAAACCAGUUUUUUUUUUUUCAUGCAGCUCUGUCAAUCAUAGCCAGGGGAGGUGUGGCUAGGGCUGCAUAAACAGAAACAAAGUGAUUUAACUCCUAAAUGACAGUGAAUUGAGCAGUGAAAUAGCAGGGGAAUGAUCUAUGCACUAAAACUGCUUUAUUUAGCUAAAGUAAUUUAGGUGACUAUAGUGUUCCUUUAACUCCUAAAUGGCAAGAACAUGAUCUAUACACUAAAACUGCUUCAUUGAGCUAACGUUGUUUUGGUGCUUUGAGUAUUCGUUUAAAGACUAAGCAAUUGACAAAAAAAACCUGGUCCAGUCACAGCAAGAGCACACAUUGCAUCGGAGGAGGACAAACAAACUAUUUGUGUCCUACAUUUGUUAAAUGUAGGGGAUGCAUAACACCGCAAAUGUGAUGGCACCACUUGUAUUAUUGGUCUCUUCCAAUCUUCUAACAUUAUUUGAUCUGGCAUUUGCUUGCUGUUAUGUAUCCACACUCUAUUAUUGUAAAGCAUCGCAAAAUAUGUUGGCAAUAUAGAAAUAAGGAUUAUAGUAAUGUAUAUUUUAGUUGUCUAUAAUUGUGAUGGUUCAGGCACUUGCCAUUGUUUUGAGCAUGCAUAAUUAAAGUCUAUUUGCUUAGGGCCUGUUUUACGGGUGUGUAAUUGCACUAGCAGGGACUGAACUAGUGCAGUGGGGUGCAACCUCUAUGAUGUCAAAUUGGUGUGUUAUGAUGCAUCUUUAAGGGUGCCUUAACAAGUUUAAGGAGACAUGACUUUCACACUCUGCUGAUCAGUGCCCACUUAUGGACAAUUGUCAUGUCACCAUUAGGCAGCAUGUGCACAGUGCCUGGCAUUUGUAAGGCACAAAUUUACUGUUGGAGCUUUUUGAGUUUAACAGAGUGUCUUUCUUUCUGUGAGGGUGCAAGAAUAUCAGAGUUUAUGUGGGAGCAUUUGUGAUUGUUUUGUUUGUUUCUGAGGGUGCCAGUAAGAAUGUGUCUAAGUGCAUUUUUUCCCCCGAGUGUUUGACUUUAAUAAGGACUGUGUAUUACUGCCUUUGAGAGCUCUCUCUGCCUGGUUUUGGUUUUUAGUUUAUUUUUGAAUGGUAAAUAAACAGUUUUAAAAACAAAAUAAUCAAACCCUUCUAAAUAGAUACACUGUUGUAGGUUGAGCUUUCCCCAUUUUAAAUAUGUACAAAAGGAGCCACGAUUAUGAAUCUGUGGGUUAUUAUUGUUUCUUUCGGAUAUGACACUGGAAGACAAUGGUUCUCCUGAAUGCUAAUGGUCACUUAGCAUAGCAAAAUAAUCCACUGUCUGAGAGGUGAUCUGGGCAUAUGGUAGAUUAGAAACAUAGAAUGUGACGGCAGAUAAGAACCAUUCGGCCCAUCUAGUCUGCUCAAUUUUCUAAAUACCUUAUCUUAUAGUUAGGAUAGCUUUAUGCCUAUCCCACGUAUGCUUAAACUCCUUUACUGUGUUAACCUCCACCACUUCAGUUGGAAGGCUAUUCCAUGCAUCCACUACCCUCUCAGUAAAGUAAUACUUCCUGAUAUUAUUUUUAAACCUUUGCCCCUCUAAUUUAAGACUGUCCUCUUGUUGUGGUAGUUUUUCGUCUUUUAAAUAUGGUCUCCUUUACUGUGUUGAUUCCCUUUAUGUAUUUAAAUGUUUCUUUCAUAUCCCCCCUGUCUCGUCUAUCCUCCAAGCUAUACAUGUUAAGAUCCUUUAACCUUUCCUGGUAAGUUUUAUCUUGCAAUCCAUGAACCAGUUUAGUAGCCCUUCUCUGAACUCUCUCUAAGGUAUCAAUAUCCUUCUGAAGAUACGGUCUCCAGUACUGCGUACCAUACUCCAAGUUAGGUCUCACCAGUGUUCUGUACAAUGGCAUAAGCACUUCCCUCUUUCUACUGCUAAUGCCUCUCCCUAUACAACCAAGCAUUCUGCUAGCAUUUCCUGCUGCUCUAUUACAUUGUCUGCCUACCUUUAAAGUCAUCAGAAAUAAUCACCCCUAAAUCCCUUUCCUCAUAUGUUGAGGUUAGGACUCUAUCAAAUAUUCUGUACUCUGCCCUUGGGUUUUUACGUCCAAGAUGCAUUAUCUUGCAUUUAUCCACAUUAAAUGUCAGUUGCCACAAUUCUGACCAUUUUUCUAGUUUACCUAAAUCAUUUGCCAUUUGGCUUAUCCCUCCUGGAACAUCAACCCUGUUACAUAUCUUAGUAUCAUCAGCAAAAAGACAUACCUUACCAUCAAGACCUUCUGCAAUAUCACUAAUAAAAAUAUUAAAGAGAAUGGGUCCAAGUACAGAUCCCUGAGGUACCCCACUGGUGACAAGUCCAAGCUUCGAAUAUAUUCCAUUAACUACAACCCUCUGUUGCCUGUCACUCAGCCACUGCCUUACCCAUUCAACAAUAUUUGAAUCCAAACUUAAAGAUUGCAGUUUAUUGAUAAGCCUUCUAUGUGCAACAGUGUCAAAAGCCUUACUGAAAUCUAGGUAAGCAAUGUCUACUGCACCACCCUGAUCUAUUAUUUUAGUUACCCAAUCAAAAAAAUCAAUAAGAUUACUUUGGCAGGAUCUCCCUGAAGUAAACCAAUGUUGUCUCUGAUCUUGAAAUCCAUGUGUUUUUAGAUGUUUAACAAUCCUAUUCUUUAACAUGGUUUCCAUUACUUUCCACACUACUGAAGUAAGGCUUACUGGCCUAUAGUUGCUCGACUCCUCCCUACUACCUUUCUUGUGAAUGGGCACAACAUUCUGACUUCCAAUCUUCUGGGACUACUCCUGUUAACAAUGAUUGGUUAAAUAAAUCUGUUAAUGGUUUUGCUAGUACACCACUAAGCUCUUUUAAUAGCUUUGGGUGUAUUCCAUCAGGUCCCAUUGACUUAUUUGUCUUUACUUUUGACAGUUGAAAUAGAACCUCUUCCUCUGUAAACUCACAUGUAAUAUGACUCAUUUGCCCUUUUUCCUAACUGAGGUCCCUUUCCUUCAUUUUCAUUAGCCAGUUUAUAUAAGCUAGAUUUGGAGAGAACUCAUGUGUAACAUUUCACACCUUGCAAAUGAGCUCUGUAAUCAGUUUCAGAACAGGAAUCCAUGUUGUAAUCCUUCUGACAUCUAUCAUAUUUCUAUACAAUUGCAUUUAACCCUCCUUGUGCUGAAAUUGACAAUACUGGCUCUACCAGGCAGCCGAUCCAUGUAUUCGAUACACAAAUCCCAUUAAAUAGCAAUAUUCUAUAGUGCAACAAUGAAUUAUGCACCCUUGACAUGACAUGCUUUACUUCAGAUCAAGCCAUUCAGUUUGCAAAGAAAAAGAAUCUGCAAGAAAACUUUACUUAAAUCAUGUAUUGAAGUAAAAAUAAAAUGUAUUUUUUUUUCUCCUGUACAUAAUCUAUCUUAAUCAUGUUAAUGUUUUGAAUGUGGAAAAUUCCUGGGCAAAGUUCUGAAAUGGUGUAAUCAGCAGAUGGUGAAAAUGACCUAUUAAUUUCUUUUCGCAGGGCUCCAUCAGAAAACGGUCCAUCUUCUGUUGCUGAUCUUCAAAACCUCUUGAGCAGAAUAUUCCAAGGAUCUCCGGGUCAAAUGCCUAAUAGGAAUGUUUUCAAUACCCCACAGGGAGCUCAAUCUCCGUCAGGACCAGUUAAACCAGACAGUGCUCCAAGAAGUGACACAAAGGCCAAGCGGAAAAAGAAAGUUAGACGUCCUCUUCAAAAAUGA